AUGUACUUUAGCAAAAAGUCAAUAGAUGCAGACACUUCUAACACCCGAGCUAUCAAGACAAAUCAGGAUCUUCUGCCAGAAACACCCUGGACUCACAUAUUCUACAAUGAUUUUUGGGGAACUCUUCUUACUCACAGUGGAAGCCACAAGUCAUAUAGACCUCUCUGCACACUUUCCUUUCGGAUUAAUCAUGCUUUUGGAGGCAUGGACCCAUGGGGCUACCAUCUUGUAAAUGUCCUGUUACAUGCUGCAGUCACAGGCUUUUUUACAAACUUCUCCAGAAUAUUAUUUGGCGAUGGGUACUGGACUUUAUUUGCAGGCCUGCUGUUUGCUUCUCAUCCCAUCCACACAGAAGCAGUAGCAGGGAUUGUAGGGAGAGCUGAUGUUGGAGCCUGCCUCUUUUUUCUGCUCUCAUUGAUGUGUUAUGUUAAACACUGCUCUACAAGAAGCUAUUCAACCAGCACUUGGGGAUGGAUCUUGGGAACAGGACUAUGUGCUGGGUGCAGCAUGUUGUGGAAGGAGCAAGGAGUGACUGUUUUAGCUGUUUCAGCAGUUUAUGAUGUAUUUGUGUUUCACAGACUGAAAAUGCACCACAUCAUUCCUGUUUUAUACAAGAGGAAGAAUUUGUCCCUUUACUUCAGCAUUGGUUUAUUGACAUUCUGGGGGACUGCACUGCUGGGUGCCCGCUUGUACUGGAUGGGCAACAAGCCGCCAAGCUUUUCCAACUCUGACAACCCAGCAGCUGACUCAGACAGUUUUCUCACACGCACUCUGACCUUUUUUUACUUGCCGACCAAGAACCUCUGGCUGUUGCUGUGCCCGGACACCCUCAGCUUUGAUUGGUCCAUGGAUGCUGUGCCUCUUCUUAAAACAGUCAGUGACUGGAGGAAUCUACACACUGUGGCCUUCUGUGCUGGACUCCUCCUUCUUGCCUACUCUAGCUUGAAGAGUUCCAGCAGUGAGAGAGAAUGCAAUGGGAAAGCUGUAAUGAAUGGCAAGCAGAAUACUAAUGGGCAUAGCUGCCACUCAGACAUGGAAUAUAGGAGCUUGGAGCAGAAGUCCAGCUUUGCAUCAAAAGAAGAGAAUGGCAUAAAAAAACAUGUAAUCCAGAGACUGCAACUUCCUUCAACUGAGAACAUUGUAGUUCUGUCUCUGUCUCUGUUAAUAGUGCCCUUUGUUCCAGCCACAAACCUAUUUUUUUAUGUAGGCUUUGUAAUAGCAGAGCGUGUGCUGUAUAUUCCUAGUAUGGGCUUCUGCCUGUUGAUUACAGUGGGUGUCAGGGCCCUUUAUGUCAAAGCCCAAAAGCGCUUUCUGAAGAACUUGAUUUUUUAUGCCACUGCUUCAUUAAUUGUUUUCUAUGGACUCAAGACUGUUGUCAGAAAUGGGGACUGGCAGAAUGAGGAGAUGCUGUAUAGGUCAGGGAUAAAAGUAAACCCAGCCAAAGCAUGGGGUAACCUUGGAAAUGUUCUCAAGAGCCAGAGCAAGAUUUCUGAAGCUGAAAGCGCCUAUAGAAAUGCCUUGUACUACCGCAGCAACAUGGCUGAUAUGCUUUAUAAUUUAGGAUUACUGUUACAGGAAAACAGCAGGUUUUCAGAAGCACUACAUUACUAUAAACUGGCAAUUGGUAGCAGACCCACAUUAGCUUCUGCUUAUUUAAAUACUGGUAUUAUUCUAAUGAAUCAAGGAAAGACUGAGGAAGCGAGGAGGACAUUUUUGAAGUGUUCAGAGAUUCCGGAUGAAAAUUUGAAGGAUCCUCAUGCUCAUAAGAGCUCAGUUACCAGCUGCCUCUACAAUUUAGGAAAACUUUUUCAUGAACAAGGACAUUAUGAGGAUGCACUGAUGGUUUACAAGGAAGCAAUACAAAAAAUGCCAAGCCAGUUUGCUCCCCAGAGCUUAUACAAUAUGAUGGGUGAAGCCUAUAUGAGACUAAGCAAGCUGCCUGAAGCAGAACACUGGUAUGUGGAGUCACUGAGGUCCAAGGGCGAUCACAUCCCAGCGCACCUUACAUAUGGGAAACUUCUAGCUCUUACGGGCCGCAAGAGUGAGGCAGAGAAGUACUUCUUGAAGGCUAUUCAGCUGGAUCCUACCAAAGGAAACUGUUACAUGCAUUAUGGUCAGUUUCUCCUAGAAGAGUCCCGCUUGAUAGAAGCAGCUGAGAUGGCAAAGAAAGCAGCUGAGCUGGAUAACACAGAGUUUGAUGUUGUUUUCAAUGCAGCACACAUGCUCAGACAAGCCAGUCUCAAUGAAGAAGCAGAGAAGUAUUAUGAAAUGGCAGCAGGAUUAAGGCCUAAUUAUCCGGCUGCCCUGAUGAACCUUGGAGCCAUUCUUCAUCUCAAUGGGAAACUCAUAGAGGCUGAAGCAAACUACCUCCGAGCUCUCCAGCUUAAACGUGAUGAUGUCAUAACCCAGUCAAACCUUCGCAAACUCUGGAACAUCAUGGAAAAACAAGGUUUAAAGACCUCCAAAACAUGACACAGAAUAAUCUAGUAUUUUUUUUUUAUUAAUUGACUCAAAUCCAAAAUAAAAACUUCCAGGAAGUUAUCUGUCAAAGCUCUCAUUGGACUUGACUGCCAGGGUCAGGGGUCUUAAUUGCUGCUAGGAAAUCCUAUUGUGUAUUUUUGGCAUAACUUCUUGCCAAAAAAAAAAAAAGGCUUCUUGGGAGCUUCACAGAGGAGUUAAGUGUUACCCCACAAACAUAUUUAAUACCAUAACACUUAAAGGAAGGUAUUCUUGCAUACUUGACAAGUCAUCACAGUUAAUUAUAUAUUGCUUAUUUCCAUGUGGGUUCUUGAAAAUUAUACUGUCCUGAAGACACUGAGGGAAGACUGUGUAGAACACACCCAGCCACCUGGGAGUAAAAGAGAUAAUACUAGCUUAAAGUAUUUGCUGAGGCUGUAAUUCAUUAAAAUGUAUACUAAAUCCA